AUUGUACAAUAGCAUGUAACCGGUUAGUGAGAGCCGUAAAUAAGAAACAGUUGAGGGAGCGACACUAGCAACUAGCGGCGUAAAGAUACACCAGCAGCAACACCACCAACACACACAUCACUCGCAGCUGUAAAAAUGUGUUGGCUUUUCGCUGUGCACUCUACUCGUCGUGUGCGCUACUGCAACCUUGCCCACUUUAUCUGUGAGCCACUUUAAUUCAGUUCAUUUCUAGCGAUCGUGUCGUUUGGUUGAUUUGAGUAAAUUUGCGGAAGUGUACUCGAACGUGUUGUUGUUGCAUAGCGUAUACAUUUGCGGUCGAAAGCGAACGAGUAGCGAAACAAUAAAUCUUUGCAUUGUUGUGAAAGAAGUGUUGUUGGGGUACAUAUAUAAAUUUUGAAACAAUAAAGUUACGAACUUUUUAUGUUGCAAUAACAAAGUUUGUAUAUUAAAUGAAAAAAUGUGAACUACUCAUUGAUUUUCGGCUCAACUCGCGCAAAAUUCUCGUCACAAUCAACCCUGACUACACUCCGUUGGUCCGGUUUAGUUUUUGGACAGCCCGGUUAUUUUUGUAUACACGCGUCGUUGGCAAUGUUGUCAUUUCGUUACGACUCGUUUUCAACAAUUUAUUUUCCAUAAAUAAAUUUGCUAUGCUUUGUUAAAAUUAGUGAAAAAACCAAAAACAAAACAUAAAUAACGAGCAAGCGAGGUGAAACAGCAAGAAAGUAGAAACAUAGAAAACGCUAAAAAGGAAAAAACAACAAUAAAGAAUUAACCAAGAGUCGCAAGCAAAGUGUCGGAGUAACGCAGUCAAAAGAAAAACGAGAGAAUCAUUGUUAGCGGCGAAAAAGCAACAAUAACAACGGCGGUAAAUAUGUGCACGCGUUUAAGGAGAGCAAGCAAAGCAUAAAAAGUAAUAACAAAUAGUGAAAAAAGCGCUGAAAUAGAACUAGUAAGAAGUGGAAAAGCGGAGUAAACGUGAAAAAAGGAAAAUCAGCAUUUUGCGCAGACAGACAGAUAAUACUGUUUUUUGGUGUAAUAUUACUCUUAGAAAAAGUUUGUAAUUUAUUUAGUUUAUGUUAUUGCUUUUGUUGUUUGUGUUGAUGUUUAAAAUGUGAUCGAUGAUGUUGACGGCGUCAGCAUAGGCACUCUGGCAGACGGUAAACGGCGCAAGCUGCACCUGAUAUUAAUGAAAACGGUACAAUUAAUUUUUAAUAGGAAUGAAAAACGAUAAUUUUGAUUAUAAAAAGCAAUGAUAAAAAGUCGCGACAAUUUUCCUGAGAGCUAUAAAUAGUUGCCCGUAAAAGCAAACAUUAUUAACAAACAAAUUAUUAAAAAUAAAAAAGUCCUAAACUAACGAAUAAUCAACGAGUCAUUAAAUAGUGUUUGAACUGCAGCAUUUUUUUUACGCAAAAUUUGCUGUCAAGUUGUGCUAUUUCUCUCAUUCUAUUAUCGCUUCUGUUUACUAUUUACAAAUGUACUUUGAAGGUAUUUUGGUUCUGUGAUAACUUUGUGCCAAAUUCACUAAAAUUUUGCUAUCUUUGUUACACACAAAAAUCUGUUUGGAAUUGAAACCAUUUUCUUAAAACUUUUGGAUAAAUCGAAUAACUGCUGAAAACCAUAGAGAUCUGCAAAUUUCUACUUAACUUAUCAAACGCAAAUGCCGCAAAGUAAUUAAACUUUCAACAACGACAAAAUGGAAUUGGAAAUGUUAUCCUUCAUUUGUCGCCCAGCGCUGAUUUGACAACGUGCUGCGCCUGCGGUUUAAGCAUUCGUACGUACAGCGCACGUCUCUGGCAUUGCUACAGCCACUAACUUUGCUACACAUUUGCGCUGUCAACUGUCUUCAGUCAGCUGUAGGCUGUCAACUGUCAUAGACAACUGAAAGUUUUUAACAAGCGCAACUCAUUCUUAAAACUACAAUUUUGUUGGACACAGCGCCGCUUUGGAGCGACUUACUCGCAUGAGCAUAAGUUUCGUGCAAAAUAUUUAAAUAAAAAACUUACACACAUAAAUAUAAACACAUACAGACGUCAUGUCACGCACAACGGUACACAACAGUAAGACGACGCGACGGCAUCCGCUUGCGUUAUGCAAUUCUGUCUUUGCGCUCAGCAUCGUGCUGCUGCUACACACACAUAACUGUCAUGCGGACGGCAUGCAACAUCUCGCGGAUAGCGGCGGCGGCGUUGGCAUGGGCGGCAUGGGUCCACAUUCAAUGGAUGUUAGUCCCGCGCCGGGUUAUGGCCUACCCGCCAUACCAAAAGAUCCGAAUUCACGCUGCGAAGAGAUCACUAUACCAAUGUGUCGCGGUAUUGGUUACAAUAUGACCUCCUUUCCGAAUGAAAUGAAUCACGAAACACAGGAUGAAGCUGGUUUGGAAGUGCAUCAGUUUUGGCCACUCGUUGAGAUCAAAUGCUCGCCAGAUUUGAAAUUCUUCCUUUGUUCUAUGUACACGCCUAUCUGUUUGGAGGACUAUCACAAACCAUUACCGGUUUGUCGUUCGGUUUGUGAGCGCGCACGUUCGGGUUGUGCGCCGAUCAUGCAACAAUAUAGUUUCCAGUGGCCUGAGCGUAUGGCUUGCGAACACUUGCCUUUGCAUGGCGAUCCGGAGAAUUUGUGCAUGGAACAGCCAUCGUAUACGGAGUCGGGCAGCGGUGGUUCGGGCCGUGAUGGCACGUCCGGCAGCGGCUCGGGCGGCAGCGGUGGCAGUGGUGGUAGCGGCAGUGGCGGCGGUGGUGGUAAACGCAAGCAGUCUGGUUCCGGUGGCUCGACUUCACAAAAAUGCAAAGGCAAAAAUUCAAAAAACUGCCAAAAUUCCCUAGGAGAAAGAACAAACGCAAAGGAUUGCACGUGCUCGUGUCGCCCGCCACUCCUACUCCUGGGGAAGGAAGCGCUAAUGCAGCCACCACACAUGCAUUACCCGUGGUACAUGAAUUCAACUGUACAAAGAAUCGCCGACGUACCAAAUUGCGCGAUCCCCUGCAAGGGCCCGUUCUUCACAAACGACGAAAAGGACUUCGCCGGCAUAUGGAUCGCCCUGUGGUCGGGUCUGUGCUUCUGCAGCACACUCAUGACGCUAACCACGUUCAUUAUCGACACCGAAAGGUUUAAAUAUCCCGAACGCCCGAUCGUUUUUCUCUCCGCUUGCUACUUUAUGGUAGCUGUUGGUUAUCUAUCGAAGAACUUUCUGCAGAAUGAAGAGAUCGCCUGCGAUGGUCGCUACUUGAAGGAGAGCUCCGCUGGACCACAUUCAUGCACUAUGGUAUUUCUAAUGACGUAUUUCUUCGGCAUGGCUUCAUCCAUUUGGUGGGUAGUGCUCAGCUUCACUUGGUUCCUGGCCGCUGGUCUUAAAUGGGGCAAUGAAGCCAUCACCAAACACUCGCAGUACUUUCAUUUAGCCGCCUGGCUCAUACCCACAGUGCAAUCAGUAGCCGUUUUGCUGCUCUCAGCUGUUGACGGUGAUCCCAUACUCGGCAUUUGCUAUGUAGGCAAUCUCAAUCCGGAUCAUCUGAAGACAUUCGUGCUGGCACCGCUCUUUGUAUACCUCGUCAUCGGCACCACCUUCCUAAUGGCGGGCUUUGUUUCACUUUUCCGCAUACGUUCCGUUAUCAAGCAGCAAGGCGGUGUUGGCGCUGGCGUUAAGGCGGACAAACUGGAAAAACUUAUGAUACGUAUUGGCAUAUUUUCCGUCCUGUACACCGUCCCUGCAACCAUCGUAAUCGGAUGCUACCUGUAUGAGGCCGCCUACUUCGAAGACUGGAUCAAAGCGCUCGCCUGCCCAUGUGCACAGACAAAAGGUCCUGGCAAGAAACCAUUGUACUCAGUACUAAUGCUGAAAUACUUUAUGGCCUUGGCAGUUGGUAUUACAUCGGGCGUUUGGAUCUGGUCCGGUAAGACGUUGGAGAGUUGGCGUCGCUUUUGGCGUCGUCUCUUCGGCGCACCGGAUCGCACUGGCGCCAAUCAGGCACUCAUUAAACCGCGACCGCCCAUACCGCAUCCGUAUGCUGGCUCCGGCAUGGGUAUGCCAGUGGGUUCGGCGGCCGGUUCGCUACUCGCAACACCAUACACACAAGCGGGUGGCGCAUCGGUUGCCUCCACCAGCCAUCACCAUUUGCACCAUCAUGUUCUUAAACAACCGGCUGCAAGCCACGUAUGACAUGGAGAGUCAGGCGGAGCUUCAACAAUGGGCGGUGGUGGUGGCGGCGGCGGCGGCAGUACAAUUGGCGGUGGCAGCGUGCUGGGCGGACACGGUACUCUGAUGAGCACAGCGGGUAUGAGCAAUAGUACGGUUGGCGGCGGUGGUGGUGUUGGUGUUGGGGCUCCUCCUGGCAGUAUGUUGCACGGUGGCGGCGGCGGUGGUAUGGGCGUGGCAACGCCCGGUAAUAUGGGUAUGCCUGGCGUUUAUGGCAAUGGUAAUGGCGGCGGUGGCGGUGGUCCAAUGGGCCCCAUGAGCGGCAAUGGCGGUGGUAAUGGUCCCAGUACGGCACCCGGUUCGGUGAUUGAUUCACGCGCGGUGUCCGUGGUCGUUACGUUGCCUGGUGGGCCGGGCGCGCAACACCCCGGGCAGGCGCUGAGCGACUAUGGUCCUAUAUAGUUAAUGGUACGGCCAGAUACAGCGCACUGGGUGUCGACGAGCAGUUUUUCGCAGCUCUAAAUGCAAGCGAUUGCAUUGUUGCAUUUUUCUUUAAGUUUGCGCACUUUGGCGCCUGCGCUUUAAAGCGCUUGCGUAGUGUUAAUGUUGUAGAGUUACAACAACAAUGCGCCAUAUUACUUUCUGCUAGUUUAUAGUUGUACAAUAAUAACAUAUUUAAAUACAUAAAUUUAAACGAAUAUGUAAUAAAGUAACGAGUAAGCAAGCUAAACUAUAUAAUUCUAGUCCAUUUUCAUUGAAAGAAAAAAAUAUUUAAAAAAAAUAAAUCAAAAUAAAAAAAUUAAUAAGUUAAAAUUGAAAAUGUAUGAGACAACAACAAAGCACAAUUUCUAUAAAAUAUCACUAAAUGAAUUAAAGCAAAGAUAGUCAAUAGCUUAUGGAGUAAAACUUGAUCUUGCUGCACCAUUUUUUUCUUCUUAAUAAAAAAAUAUAUAACAAAAAGCAGACAAAUGAAAAAUUUUAAAAUAGCAAAUGAAGUGUUGAAAAGUUAGAAAAGGGUUAAGCGAUACGAAAAGCACAUGAAAUGCGCGCGAAAAAACAGUUUUUCUAUAAAACAUAUUUUAUAAAAAAAUCUAUUAACAUCAUUUCACUUAUUCCUAAUUCAUUUUUCAACUCUCUACUCAAAUAGACUGAUUUAAAGUAAUAUUAAAAAAAUAAAAAUAAAUAAAUAUAUUUCACUAAUAAAGAGGAACACAAUAUUAUAAAUAUACGAAUUGUGUAGAAACCCGCAUAAAAUAUUUAAAUUAUGAAAAUUUUGACGGAAUGCAUAUGAAAAGGAAAAACAAAAAAACCGACAGGGUAGAGAAAAACAAUGUAAAACUAAAACGAUUUUCAAUUUCCCUGCCACCGAAAUUGCUUGAAAAUCGCCACUGCCAAAAACGCCAAUGCCAUAUUGCAUUACAAAAACAAAAGUUAUCAUAAUAAUAACAACAAUAACACUACUUAUACAUCUACAUAAAAAAUGCAUGUAAAUUUGCCAGCAAAGAAAAUCGAAUAUCAAAAAGUGUAAGUAGUUAGCGGAGAUGAGUUAAAAGCAUAAUUACGAAAAGAAACGUAGUAAACGUUUAAAGCAUUUGUAAAAUAUAUUUCAUGUUUAUUUGUAGCAUUUAUUACGCCUAACUGUAUGUAGCGUUUGUAUGUAAGCAUUGCUAAAUAUAAAAAAUAUUGUGGAAUAUCAUGGCAAAACACACAUUGUGAGUUUGAAAUGAAAAAUUAUAAUCCACAUGACAUGAAAAAUUGCACUGAAAAGUAUUUAUGAUUAAUUUAUGAAAUAUCAAAUGCCAACGAGUUAGCGCAAGCACAUAAUGUCCAACUGUAAAUACUGAAUUUUAGUUUUUUUUAUUUAAUAGCAUAAAAUUUAAUUAUUUAAGAAAUUAUACGCGCGAAAUUAUUUUGUUCAAAAAUGCAAAUUACUGCAAGUGAAAUUAUAUGAAAGUGCACUAAAUAAUUUUAAUACGAAAAACACGUGUUGUCACAAUAUUUUUUUAUUUUUUGGAAGAAAAAAAUUUUACUUUGCAUAAAAAUUGAAAGAAAAAUUUACAUAAUAUUUAGAAGAAAAAACUAUUUUUAUAUAAUGAUUGCAGGAAAAAGAUAUUUUUUUAUUUCUCUACUUGCGAGAAUACAUAAUUUAAGCGAAUUUUCUUAUUUUCAAAAUAUUUGUUGAGAAUUUUGAAUUUUUUUAAGAUUUUUUUUUAAAUAUUUCCUUAAUUAUUAUUUUUAUUGAAGAUUUCAUUUUCUGCACUUUAAUACAACAACAAGCGUAAUGUGUUUUGUUUAAAAAAUUUAUUUUUAUUAAAAAUUGUUUGUUAAAAUUUUUUUAAUAUUCCUUCAAUUUUUUAAUUUUUACUCAAUACGUAUAUUAAAAAGAUAAAUUAAACUUUCUACAAAAUUUACAUUAAAUUUUCUGCAACUAAAGCUUUUUCCAUUACAAAAAUGGUGUUGCAAUUUUUCCAAAAAUGUUUUAAUUAUACAAAAUUCUAAAACUAAAUUUUCUUCAAGAAAUUCUGUUUAAUUUAAAAGUAAAAACUAUUCAACAUAAAGAUUAUGCUUAGUAUUUUUAUCAAAAUUCAUUGUUUAUAAAAAAAAUAUGUUUAAUUAAUUUGAAAAAAAAGAAAAUUCGCUUCAAUAUUUUGAAAAAAAGUUUAUUAUUUAUUUAUGGACGAUUUUAAAAUUAAAUAUUCAUGUCAUAAAAAUUGUUCUUCCAACAGCAAAAUUCUGUUCAAUAUUGUGAAGAAAAAAAGUUGUGUACAAUUUAAUUUUUAAAAUUAAAAUAUUCUCGCUAGUUGUGUGAAUAUUUCACUUGUUUGCUUAAAAAUCAUUUCGUUAAUUUUCCAAAACCGAAAACGUACUUGCGUUGGGCGGACGCAACAACCACAGAAAAUAAUUUUAUUUAAAACUAUUUUUUAAUUAAGCGCAUACAAGAAUUUCCUACGUAUUUUUAAUAAGUUUAAUUGUUUACAUUUAUAAAGAAUUAAUAAUAAUAAGUAUUUUUGUUUGUUUUUCGUUUCAUUUGUAUUUCUUGCUGCAGAGAAAUUGUACAUAUUUGCAUGUAGUCAAGCAUUAUAUAAAUUAAGUUAAAAAAAAUACUUAUUUUUUUAUAAUCGUGUGUUAAUGAAAAAUAUUAUGCCAACAAGUACAUAGUUAUAUAAGCGUAAGCAAAGUAAUUGUAUUGAAUUUGCAAAGCAUUAAAAUUUAUUUAAAUAUUAUUAGUAUUUAUGCAAGAAAGAAAAUAUAUAAUAUGUUUGUAUUAAGAAAAUUUAUUGAAAAUUUCGGAAUGUGAGUAGGUUUGGUUGUUUUUAGAUUAAAAAUAAUAUAAGAAAGGAUUAAACAUUACUAAAUAUAUUGUUUUGAGCCUAAAACACUCAACAGCAGCCAUUUUUUUGGAAACUCACAUUCAAAGUUGUGCGGCUGUUCUCUCUCAGCCGGUUUUUUCACUGAACGAACAACUUUUCUCUUGCUUUAUUAUAUUUAAAUUUCACCUAGUUUAAGUUAAACAGUCGAAAAGUUGAAAUUGUGUAUUUUAUUUUAUACUUUAUCUUUUAAUGAUUAUACUUUAUCGAUUGAUUAUUGUUUUUAUUUAAAAAUGCUAAAUAAAAUGCAAACAAAAAAUAAUUAUUUACAAAA